UCAAAAUCCAACUUCCGGGCGCCAUUUUGAAGGCGCAUUGUGGAAAUUUUUGACGUUUCCACACGGCUUUACCGCUUUUAAAGCUUUAUAAAUGUGUAUUAAGUGAACCAAAGUGAUAAACAAUGGCUCGAUACGGUCAAAGACCCGAAAAUGCCCUAAAACGGGCGAACGAAUUCAUCGAAGUCGGGAAACCAGCGCGUGCUUUAGACACCCUACAGGAGGUUUUCCGCAACAAAAAAUGGGCCUACAACUGGUCCGAGUCCGUGCUGGAGCCCAUCAUGUUCAAGUACUUGGACCUGUGCGUGGAGCUGAAGAAAUCGCACAUUGCGAAAGAGGGGCUGUUCCAGUACCGGAACAUGUUCCAGUCGGUGAACGUGGGCUCGCUGGAGAACGUCAUCAGGGGGUACCUGCGGAUGGCCGAGGAGAAGACGGAAAAUGCGCGCGAGCAGUCGGCCCAAGCCGUCAUAGAUAUCGACGAUUUGGACAAUUUGGCCACCCCGGAGAGCAUUUUAUUAAGUGCUGUCUCGGGGGAGGAUGCCCAGGACCGCUCCGAUCGCACGAUUCUGACUCCGUGGGUUAAAUUCCUGUGGGAGUCGUAUUGCCAAUGUUUGGAGCUGUUGAGGACUAACGCUCACGUUGAAAAUCUCUAUCAUGAUAUUGCUAGGAUGGCGUUCCAGUUUUGUCUCAAAUAUAAUCGAAAGACCGAAUUUAGGAAAUUGUGUGACAAGUUGAGGAAGCAUCUGGAAGAUAUUUGCAAACUGCCAGCUCAAGUGGCCAAUGUUUCAAUGUCUAAGCCUGAAACGCAGCAAUUAAAUCUGGAGACUAGGCUGCAUCAGCUCGAUUUUGCCAUCCAGAUGGAGUUGUGGCAGGAAGCUUACAAAGCCAUUGAGGACAUUCAUAACCUAAUGAACAUGUCUAAAAAAAUGCCGGUGCCUAAAACAAUGGCCAAUUACUACCAAAAACUGGCCAUGGUUUUCUGGAAGGCCGGAAAUUACCUCUUCCACGCGGCAGCUCUAUUCAAACUGUUCCAAUUAUCGAAAGAAAUGAAGAAAAACAUCACUCAGGAGGAGCUACAACGAAUGGCUUGUCGCGUUCUUAUCGCCACUCUUUCAAUCCCCCUCCCAUCGGCUCAUCCCGAAUUUGAUCGUUUUAUCGAAACUGACAAGUCUCCACUGGAAAAAGCGCAACGAUUGGCCGUCCUUUUGGGCCUUUUCCAGCCUCCGACUCGUGCCAGUCUGCUGAAAGAUUUAGUUCGUGUUAACGUUGUCAGUUUGGCUUCGACUCAACUCCAGGAUUUGUACAAUUGGUUAGAAGUCGAUUUUCAUCCACUUUUGCUGUGCUCGAGGGUUCAUACGGUGAUUCAGUCGUUGCAAGCUGAAGAAAAUCUGCUACAGCAGUACAUACCAGCGCUACAGGACGUUACUCUGGUGCGUUUGGUGCGGCAGAUCGCUCAAGUUUACCAAACGAUUGAAUUUGCAAGGUUGUUGGAACUGGCAAAGUUUACUGAUGCUUUCCAUCUUGAGCGACUUCUAGUCGAUUGUGUUAGACACAACGAUAUGCAGAUUAGGAUCGAUCAUGGCAAAUAUUGCGUCCACUUUGGUAUGGAUUUGAGCGAAAGUCAGAGGGAAGAUAAGCCGGAAGGACCAACUCUGCAAGUAAUGCCGAGUGAGCAAGUGAGAAACCAACUUGUUAAUAUGGCGACUGUGUUAAAUCAAGCCAUCAAUGUGAUUUAUCCGAAUAAGAAGAAGGCCGAAAGAGAGAAGAUGAGGAGUAUUAUGGUGAAGAAUUACCACGAGACUAAGGCUCAAGAACAUGAGAAGAUCCUCCAACGCCAUAAGAUUAUUGAAGACAGGAAGGAGUACAUCGAGAGAUUGAACACAGUCAGGGAGGAAGAAGAGCAAAGGCGUUUGGAGGAGUUGGCCAGGCAGCAGGCGCUAGCCGAGCAAAAACGCCUAGAACAAGAAAGGGAAGAAAGGGAGAAGAAGAGGGCCCAAAACGAGAUUCAACAAAUCAAGGACAGACACUUGAAGGAGAAAUUGCAGCAAAUUAGCCAAACAGGUCAUGGGCAAAAAAUCCUGAAGAAGUUGGACGAGGAUGAUAUUAAGAAACUCGACGCUGACCAAAUCGCCGCUAAAGAAGCCGAAGAAUUACAAAAGGAACGUCGCGAACUUCAAGCCAAGCUCAAAUCUCAAGAAAAGAAAGUCGAUUAUUUCGAACGUGCGAAACGUUUGGAAGAAAUACCGCUGCUUCAAGCGUCCAUAAAAGAACGUCAGUUGCAAGACCAAGCCUUCUGGGAGCAACAAGAAAAAGAACGCAUUGCCGCGGCCAUCGAGGAGAGAAAAUUGGCAGUUGCCACACGAGACCGUUUGGUUAGAAUGAAACCCGACAAAGACGCUUUCUUGGAAAAAUUGAAGAAAGAACGUAACAUCGUCUACGAAGAUAAAUUGAAAGAGUUUGAGAAGUUGUUGAAUGAAGAGCGCCAGAAACGCCUGCUCGAACGUAAAUUGAAGCGUAAAGAAGAACGCCGUACUCGUUACAUUAAAGAAAAACAGGAGGAGGAAGAACGCAAGUUGGCUGAACAAAAACGAAAGGAAGAGGAAGAAAGGCAACGUUUGGAGGAAAUCGCCCGAAAAGAACGCGAAGAAAAGGAAAGAGUUGAACGCGAGGAACGAGACCGGCGCGCUCGCGAACAACAGGAAAUGUUAGACAGAACAGGCGAAAAACAACGUAAACGAAUGGAAGAAAUCGAGAAACGCCUAGCGGAAGACCAAGACAAAGGUCGCGAAAAACCCAAAGACUCCUGGCGUGCGAAAGGCGAACGCGAGCCUCCGAAACGCGAAGGCGGCGACUCGUCCUGGCGCCGCGGGGAAAAACCCGAGGAGCCGAAGAAGGUCGAAGCUUGGCGACCGAGGAACAUGCGUGCGAAUCCCGACGAAACAAAGGGCGGAGACGCGUGGAGGAGCCGCGAGGCGGAGGCGGAGGAGCAGCCCGAGCGCGAACGCAGGGAAGUUGGGCGUGGCUUCGAACGCGGCGAUCGCGAUAGGUUCACCCGAGAGGACCGCCGCGGCGGGGAGAGGGAAGAGCGGGAUAGGCGUGGCGAUAGGGAGGAGCGAGACCGGCGGGGUGAUCGAGAGGAGCGCGAUAGACGUGGCGAUAGGGAGGAGAGAGAUAGGCGUGGCGAUCGGGAGGAGCGAGACAGGCGUGGCGAUAGAGAUGAGCGCGAACGUAGAGGCGGGGAUCGAGACAUGGGGUCGUGGAGGAGCGUACGUCGGACGGACGAUGAGGCGCCGAGGAGGCCCCCACCGGCGAGAGGAGGCGGACGGGAAGGCGGGUCAGAUUGGAGACGCAGGGAGGAGACACCGAGGAAGGUGGAGGAGCGAAGGGCGGCACCGCCUCCGAAGGAGAAACCUCGUGAGCAACAAGCUGAAGAGGAUGAUGGGUGGGCUGAAGUCAAGCGUCGUUAAAGCGUCUAUUAUGGUAGAACAUCGUCAUUAUUUUGUCUCUUUAUAUUUAGGACAAGAUUCUUUUUUAGGAAGUAUUUUAUUUUUAAAGCUAGUUGUGGGACGCUUUGUAUUAUUUUUUAAAUCAAUAAAUUUUAAAUGAGG